AUGGAAGGAGGAGCUCUUGCUGAUAAAACAGAAGAAGGUCUCGUUGGUCUAGUCGCGCCAAUCCUAUCUGCCAUUGAAACGUUCACCAUUACUGGUGAAGUUCAGACCCUGGAGUCUGAGCCCGGAGGCUCGACUCUCGGAGGUGCAGUGGGAGAGGCGUCGGCAGAAGACGGCGAGGAGAUCGUCUCCUCGCACGGUGAUGGUGUGCCGGGCGGAGACGCGCUGUCGUCUGCUGCAGAGUCGGAGCUCGCUCCGAUCCCAACGAUAGCCCCGCUCGGCGACAAAGACAUUGUACGGGAAGACGGAGAUUCCAAAGUUUUGGAAGGGGAGGACCGUUCCAUUUUGGGUCCAGAAGUGCCGGAUGAAAAGAUCGAGCAGCCCAUCAGGGGAGAAGCGGCGUUGAAUAACUUUGGCGAGCUUGUCGGUUGGUUAGACCGGCGGCCCAAGCACUCACAGUCUGCUGUGAUGCGUCUCCAAAGAGGUGGAAGAGCUUAA